UUUCAGAGUUGUUCUCUCUCUCUAUCACAGCUCCCACCCCUUACCAUGAAUGGCCAAACUAAUAGGAUCUCUCAAACUCUCUGAAACUUGCUCUCGAAGCUCUCUGUAUUAGUCCGAGAUCCUGAUUUCCUUCAGUAUACAUAUAAAUUCCAUCAGCAGCUACGUACGUACGUACAAGGAAGAGUACUGAAGCUCUAAGCUAUCUGCAGCCUGCAGGAGAGGCCGGAAUUAAGCAUGGUCUGGGAGGACAUGCUCGCUUUACCACAAGAGAAGAUUCGUCAAUUUCGGACAGCAUGGGUGCCGCAGCUGGAUUCACCCUGCUUGUGGGAGCAUGUCAGCAUAGCUUUCCAACUCGGGUUCUCUGCGAUUUUCUUACUACAUCUUGCACAAAAACUUCAAGGCCUAAUUUUCAAACGCGAAACAAAGGUUACGGAUAGAAGUAUUAAUGAAAAAUAUCCCAUCAGGAUAAAACUGAGCAUUGCCUAUAAGGCUGCUAUGAUUUGUUCCAGUUUGCUACUGGGGACUCAUUUCUUAAUGCUACUGGUGCUGCUCAGUGGUAGUGGAACUCGUUGCAACUCUAAGGCUUGGGUUUUUUCAUCAGAGAUUUCGCUAGCGCUGUCGUGUGUAAUCUCGCUGGUUGCUGUAUACAUAAUCCCAAAUAAAGGGAACAUUAAGUUCCCAUGGAUUCUAAGAGCAUGGUGGCUUUGCAGCUUCCUGUUGUCCAUCAUCUGCACAGCUCUUGAUACCCAUUUUAGAAUAAUAAACCAUGUCAAACUUGGAAUACGAGAUUUUGCAGACAUCCUUGGUGUGAUAGCAUCGACGUGUCUCUUGGGCAUUUCAAUCCGAGGAAAGACAGGCUUCGUCUUCAUUCCCACCGGUGGCAUUUCUGAGCCACUUCUCAAUGGAUCAAAACCUGAUUAUAUACUUUCGGAACACAGAAGGGAAUCUAUAUACGGGAAAGCCACUCUUAUCCAACUGGUUACCUUUUCUUGGCUCAAUCCACUCUUUGCAGUUGGGAUUAAGAAACCCCUCGAACAGGAUGAAAUCCCAGACGUUGAUAUCAGGGACUCUGCAGGGUUCCUCUCCUGCUCGUUCAACAAGAGUCUAGAGCAGGUUAAGGUGAGAGAUGGAACUACAAACCCAUCCAUCUACAAGGCAAUUUAUUUAUUUAUCAGGAAGAAAGCAGCAAUCAAUGCAUUCUUUGCAGUGGUAAGUGCUGGAGCAUCGUAUGUCGGUCCAUACCUGAUUGAUGACUUUGUGAACUUCUUAUCAGAGAAGAGCACCCAGAGUUUAAAGAGUGGCUACCUUCUUGCACUAGCAUUUUUAGGAGCAAAAAUGGUUGAGACAAUAGCACAGAGGCAAUGGAUUUUUGGGGCACGCCAACUCGGCCUUCGCCUUAGAGUUGCUCUGAUAUCUCGCAUUUAUAAAAAGGGCUUACACCUGUCAAGCCGAUCCCGCCAAAGCCAUACUAGUGGAGAGAUCAUCAACUAUAUGAGUGUAGAUAUCCAAAGAAUUACAGACUUCAUGUGGUACUUAAACAUAGUAUGGAUGCUGCCUAUACAAAUUUCUUUGGCAAUCUACAUUCUACAUACAAAUCUAGGCUUGGGUUCAUUGGGUGCCAUAGCUGCAACUUUUACAGUUAUGGCUUGCAAUAUACCACUUACAAGAGCUCAGAAGAGAUACCAGACUAGGAUCAUGGAAGCCAAAGACGGUAGGAUGAAAGCCACUUCAGAAGUUCUUCGAAACAUGAAGACUCUUAAACUCCAAGCAUGGGACGGUCAGUUCCUUCAAAUGUUAGAAGGAUUGAGGAAAAUAGAGUAUAAUUGGUUGUGGAAGUCACUGAGACUGUCAGCAUUGACAGCUUUUAUCUUUUGGGGAUCACCCACAUUUAUCUCUGUAAUAACUUUUGGAACAUGUAUUCUACUGGGGAUUGAACUCACAGCUGGGAAAAUCUUGGCUGCUUUGGCCACCUUCCGAAUGCUACAAGACCCAAUAUUCAGUUUGCCCGACUUGCUCAAUGUAGUUGCACAGGGAAAAGUCUCUGCGGACAGAAUUACUUCCUACCUCCAGGAAGAAGAAAUUCAAAAUGACGCCAUUGAGUAUGUUCCAAAAGACCAAACAGAGUUUAGCAUCCAGGUCGACAGUGGGAAAUUCAGCUGGGAUCCUGAGUCGAGCAACCCAACUCUUGAAGGAAUACAGUUAAAUGUGAAGAGGGGAAUGAAGGUGGCAAUAUGCGGAACUGUGGGAUCAGGGAAGUCUAGCCUGCUCUCAAGCAUUCUUGGAGAGAUACUAAAGCUGUCAGGGACAGUGAAGAUCAGUGGUACCAAGGCUUAUGUGCCUCAAUCUCCAUGGAUACUGACAGGAAACGUCAGGGAGAAUAUUCUCUUCGGAAAUCAAUAUGACAGUACUAGGUAUGACAGAACAGUUAAAGCAUGCGCUUUGGAAAAGGACUUUGAACUUUUCUCCUGUGGUGACCAAACAGAGAUCGGAGAAAGGGGGAUAAAUAUGAGUGGAGGACAGAAGCAAAGGAUACAGAUUGCUCGUGCAGUUUACCAGGAUGCUGAUAUAUAUCUACUUGAUGACCCUUUCAGUGCCGUUGAUGCUCAUACAGGCACCCAAAUCUUUGAGGAAUGCCUCAUGGGGAUUCUCAAAGAAAAGACUGUACUUUUUGUUACCCACCAAGUUGAGUUUCUUCCAGCAGCAGACCUUAUUCUGGUGAUGCAAAAUGGGAGAAUAGUACAAGCUGGACAUUUCGAAGAACUUUUAAAGCAACAAAUAGGGUUUGAAGUUUUAGUUGGUGCUCAUAGCGAAGCUUUAGAGUCAAUCCUUACAGUUGAGAAUUCAAGCAGAACAUCUCCAUGUCCAACAGCUGAUGAUGAAUCCAAUACAGAUUCAACUUCAAAUGGAGACCUUCUGCACACACAACAUGACUCAGAGCAUAAUCUCUCUCUAGAAAUAAGAGAAAAAGGAGGUAAAUUGGUGCAAGAUGAGGAAAGAGAGAAAGGAAGUAUUGGAAAAGAAGUUUACUGGUCUUACUUGACAACCGUGAAAAGUGGAGCCCUAGUUCCAUUCAUCCUUAUGGCACAGUCAUCAUUCCAAGUACUACAGAUAGCAAGUAAUUACUGGAUGGCAUGGGCUUCUCCCACCACAAGUGAGACUCAACCGAAACUGUCAAUGAACUUCAUAUUGCUUGUUUAUGUAAUACUUGCUGUGGGAAGUUCGCUUUGUGUGCUGGUGCGAGCAACGCUAGUAGCAUUAGCAGGACUUUGGACAUCACAAAAGCUUUUCAUGAAAAUGCUUAAUAGCGUACUCCGGGCACCAAUGGCAUUUUUUGAUUCAACCCCAUUUGGAAGAAUUUUGAACCGGGUAUCUACAGAUCAGAGUGUGCUGGACUUGGAAUUGGCAGGAAGAGUCGGUUGGUGUGCUUUCUCAAUAAUACAACUUAUAGGAACUAUUGCAGUGAUGUCGCAGGUGGCAUGGGAAGUAUUUGUCAUCUUCAUUCCAGUAACGGCAAUCUGCAUAUGGUACCAACAAUAUUACAUACCAACAGCAAGAGAACUGGCCCGCUUGGCAGGUAUUCAACGAGCACCAAUCCUCCACCACUUUGCUGAAUCACUAGCAGGAGCUGCAACAAUCCGUGCUUUUGAUCAAGAAAAUCGCUUCAUUGGUGGAAACCUUGGUCUUGUUGACAACCACUCAAGGCCGUGGUUUCACAGUGUGUCAUCAAUGGAAUGGCUUUCUUUCAGACUGAAUUUACUAUCUAACUUUGUGUUUGCCUUCUCAUUGGUUUUACUAGUCACACUCCCCGAAGGAAUUAUCAAUCCAAGCAUUGCAGGGUUGGCAGUAACAUACGGGAUCAAUUUGAAUGUUUUGCAAGCUUCAGUCAUAUGGAACAUAUGCAAUGCAGAAAACAAGAUGAUAUCUGUUGAAAGAAUCCUUCAGUACUCGAACAUAACAAGUGAAGCACCUCUCGUGAUUGAAGAGAGCAGGCCACCAAACAACUGGCCAGAGGUUGGAACAAUUUGCUUCAAAAAUUUGCAGAUUCGUUAUGCUGAACAUCUUCCAUCUGUCCUAAAAAACAUUAACUGCACAUUUCCUGGAAGGAAGAAAGUUGGUGUAGUAGGAAGGACAGGGAGUGGGAAAUCAACCCUCAUACAAGCAAUUUUCAGGAUUGUUGAACCCAGAGAGGGCAGCAUCAUUAUCGACAACGUGGACAUUUGCAAGAUAGGCCUUCAUGACUUAAGAUCAAGGCUUAGCAUCAUACCGCAGGACCCAGCAAUGUUUGAGGGAACAGUUAGAGCAAACCUAGAUCCUCUAAAGCAAUAUUCUGACUAUGAGAUAUGGGAGGCUCUAAACAAAUGUCAGCUAGGUCAUCUCGUGCGUGCUAAGGAAGAGAAGUUGGAUUCUACAGUGGUCGAAAACGGAGAAAAUUGGAGUGUGGGCCAAAGACAGUUAUUCUGUCUUGGAAGAGCCUUGCUGAAAAAGAGUAGCAUUCUGGUACUGGACGAAGCGACAGCCUCCGUUGAUUCUGCAACCGAUGGAGUGAUACAGAAGAUCAUUAGUAAAGAGUUCAAAGAUCGGACAGUUGUCACUAUAGCUCACAGAAUCCACACGGUUAUAGAUAGCGAUCUUGUUUUGGUUCUCAGCGAAGGAAGAAUUGCAGAAUUUGACACACCAGGAAAGCUCCUAAAACGGUCGGAAUCUUUCUUCUCUAAACUCAUACAGGAGUACUCCUCAAGAUCACAAAGUUUCACCAGCUUAGCAAACAUGCAUAAUUAGCUCCCCCGCUUCAAAGAAUAUCUAGGUAUCAAUCAAAUUCGGUGGAGGAACAGAGAUCAUACCUUCCGAGAAAAUGGUUGAUUGUUCUCACGACCGUGACUUGGGGGAGAGGAAUCGACUACCUUAGGUGCAGUAACUCGAUCCGCUGCGUUUGGCCGUUGAAAUGAGUUAGUUGAUCAGUUGAACUAUCUAUGAAUAGCAAUAAUAAAUUGAGUAGUAAAGAGUAUUAUAUGAAA